AUCUUCUUUUAGGAGUUGGACUAUGGAGCUCGACGGGGUGGGUUGACUCUCACAAGUCUGCGAGAAGUACAAGGUCCUGUGCGUCGUUGGAAGACAGCGAGUCUGGGAACGAAGCGAUCAAACUAAAUCCGCCAUGAAAGAAGCGGAGGAACUUCCGUCACUGAUUGUAUUCGAAGAAUGGAACGGAUCCUCCUCCACGAAGCUCUCUAAAACUGCCACUAUAACUGCGUAUUCUUCUCUCACUAUCCAGAGAUCUGGAAAUCGUUUCGACCACGUUUGGAGACGAGCUCUUCAAGGAUUUGUGCCCGAGGGAUUUCCUAGCAGUGUAACUCCAGAUUAUGUUCCCUUUCAAGUAUGGGAUUCAUUGCAGGGCCUCUCAACUUACAUAAGAACUAUGCUUUCUACACAAGCUCUCUUAAGUGCCAUCGGGGUUGGUGAGAAAUCAGCCACUGUCCUUGGGGCCACAUUUCAGUGGUUUCUGCGGGACCUGACUGGAAUGUUUGGCGGGAUACUAUUCACAUUUUAUCAGGGCUCAAAUCUGGAUAGCAAUGCAAAAAUGUGGCGUUUGGUUGCUGAUCUUAUGAAUGAUCUUGGAAUGUUGAUGGACCUUGUGUCGCCUUUGUUUCCUUCAGCAUUUAUCUUUCUCGUUUGCUUUGGAAGCCUGUCAAGAUCAUUCACUGGCGUUGCUAGUGGAGCAACUAGAGCUGCUUUGACACAGCAUUUUGCCCUUCAGAAUAAUGCUGCUGAUAUAUCUGCCAAGGAAGGAAGUCAGGAGACUUUGGCUACGAUUAUUGGCAUGGCACUAGGGAUGCUUCUUUCUCGUAUAACAAUAGGGCAUCCUGUGGCUAUUUGGUUUUCUUUCCUGUCUCUCACUGCAUUCCAUAUGUAUGCAAAUUACAGAGCCGUCCGGUGCCUUGCUUUGACAUCUUUAAACACUGAAAGAUGCUCAAUUCUUUUGCAGAACUUCAUGGAGACUGGCCAAGUUCUCUCCCCUGAACAGGUUUCUAGGAUGGAGCAUGUUUUGCCCAUGUGGACCAUUUCAUGGAGCUCAAAGAAUGCAAAAUUAUUGUAUGGGCAUGUGCAUUUGGGCGUAAGGAUUUCUUCACUUAAUAAUCUGGAGAUGAUGGAGCUUGUACAAUCAACAGGAUAUCAUUAUGCAAAAGCGAAAUACUUGCUGCUAGAGUUAAAGGGAAAGAUCGGUGUUAUCUUGCACAAAGAUUCAACUGCUGCUGAUGGCCUGCAGUCAUUCAUUCAUGCACUUGUCAUGGUGAACCUUCUGGCUAAAGAUAAAUCUGUGCAUACAAAGAGCCAAAUGUGGAUGGAUCAGCAGUAUAUCAUUUUUGUCCAGAAGCUAGAGUCAUCCGGUUGGAACACAGGGCGUCUUCUAUCACCUUCCAUCAUUUGGAAGGCAAAUUGGAUAUUUGAGAAUAAAAAGACAGACUAGUAUGACCUCAUACCCAAAAUGCCCCAUAGAAAUUCUAAAGGAGAUAACAGAGGUAAUCUUCAUCAUGGGCAGCAGAAAUGGUGUGAGGAGAUAGAGCACACAAGUAUCUACAUGAAGCCAUCGACUCAAGGACAAGGCAAUUGCUUGAUUUCUGGUAAUUUGGUGAGAAGGUGAUGUUAAGGUAACACAGGUGUAGGUAAAAGAUUCAGUCAACAAUUUCAAGGCAACAUGCCUGACAACACGGGGGUUUAGAAGUAAACCAUUUUAUAAAGUUAUAUUUUUUAGUUUACUGAAAUGUCAUAGCACCUGUAUGAAGAAAUUUUCAACAAAUUUGAUGAUGAAACUCUGAAGUGCAAUAUGUUAUGGAUGAUAACUCAUGCUGUAUCCGAUAAUACAUUUGAAUCAACUGGGUUCUAUAAUUGGAAUUGGUUUCAGGUUUGGAUGAUUC